AUGACAUCUACCAACGAUGUUGGACUUGCAUCUGAACGUAUUCAGAACGCAACAGAAGUCGAUUUAAAUGAAGUUACUUGUUCAACUAUAUGUAAGAAUAUAUUAUGGAAACCGCUCUCAUGUCAACAGUGUGAAACUCAUUUCUGUUUGAUGUGUAUUCGACAGUGGUUAGAUAAACAUCCCAAUCAUUGUCCCAUGAGAUGUACUUCAUUUAUUGAACGACCAUGUUCCAAAUUCAUUGCUAGACAGUUAGCAAAAUUAAAAGUUGUUUGCAUUUAUCGAUCGUAUGGUUGCCAGGAGGUUAUUCUAUAUGAAGCACUUGAAAAACAUGAGAUAACAUGUGGAAAUCAACUUGUAAAAUGUAUUCACUGUCAGUUAGAUGUACCCCGAAAAAAUCUCGCACAACAUCAACCAGUAUGUCAACAGACCACGGCUAUGUUUUUAGAUCGAAAUAUGGUGCAUGUAACAUGUCAAAAUGAUUCCAAGGAACCAAAUUCUGAGAUAGCUGCUCUGAAAGCAGAAGUUCAACUACUUCGUCAAGCACUAAAUGGUCAUAUGGAAUUAUUAGUGGCUCGUGACAUCCUCGCUGAUAACAAUAAAAUCAAACGAGUUGAACUUAAAUCUACGAUUCAACUGGAUGUUCUUCUUCGAAAUCGAAUCGUUCUCGAUUCAGGCUCAUCAUUUGCUGAUAACGUUAUUUGUUCUGUAUGUGGAAACGUUUUUUGGAAACCUGUUUCUUGUAAAAAUUGUAGUACUGUUUUCUGCACGAAAUGUCGCCCUACGGGUGGUAUUCUGGGUAAAAUUUCAUCGUUUUUUAAAAUUCAACAGAAAUUUCAUGGAAAAAAUGGAUGCGAAGAUUUUGAAGAAACACAAAUAUCUCCUCAAGCCAUCCAUGAACUAGCCAAACUACGCGUUCGUUGUGCGUAUGCUCCUAAUGGGUGUCGCGUACUUUCGUCCUAUUAUGAACUUGAACAACAUGAAAGAGUAUGUGAGUUCGAAAGUAUUCCAUGUGAAUUAUGUCAAUAUCCUUUAUCAAAACGGUCGCCAAUGGCCGAGCAUACACGGCGAGCAUGUUUCGAAUAUAUGCGUAAUAAAAAUCCGUCAGGAAUUCAACAGCAACUUAUGAUACUUUACAAUGCUUCCGAAGAAUUACAAGCCGAAAAUCGUCGCCUUCAAUUGACUAUCACUCAAAUGCAAAAGGAAUUAAGAGACUUCAAUGCAGCAUGUGUCAAGAGGGACAAUGCUUUUAAUGCAUUGUAUGAUCCAGUCUUAGGUGAAGAAAUAUUAAAUAGAUGUUCAAGAAUCAAUCGUUUACCAGGAAAUAAAAAAGGUUUAGAAUUCAUUAAUUUGAUAACAAAUAAUCGAUGUAAGUUCGAAGAUAAAUCAAUGAGAAAUAUAGUUCACAUCGUAGGAAAUAUUCUAUAUGAAACUGAAAGUGAAGAAAUUCGUUAUGUUCUUAAAUUUUUACGGAUAGUUUUUGAUUAUGAAAUUACUAAAGUAGAAAUUACAAAAAGAGAACAAUUAAUUAACAGAAGUUUAGAAGAAAAAGAUGAUCUUUUGAUAACAAUGUCAUCUAGUUUACAAGAAAUUGAUAAUUGUUCCAAGACAUGUCGAGUAACAGUUAUAAAUUAG